UUGGGGUUGCAAUUGGUGAUGAGGUGGCAAUCGGACAAGUUGGAAGCCUCCUCCGCACGAUUCCAUGAGAACAAGCCACCUGGUUUCGGCAAUAGAGAUACAUUCGAGCAGUCGGGCUCCUCUAAAUUCCUGGAUGUAGCAGCCAUUGAGACUGGCUUUGAACAUGUUGCUAUGAAUCCCGAAUGUUUCGAUGUUGAGAAUAUAAAGCUUGGUCGAUUCCUGGGUCAAACGAUCUACCAAACUGUCCUUUUUGGAAAAUCUGAUCGGUCCUCGUUGAUAUCUCUUCCUUUGGCCUCUAAACGCUUCAAGACCCCACGCGAAUACUUGCUGAUACAACUCUUCUUCCAGUUUCUGCUAUCAUUCCGAACCAAACAAGCAAGUCUCAGCGAUGAAAAACUGGUCGGUUCAAUGCCUAUAGUAUCCAGUUUAGGCAAAUCAGGGUGGAUCGAUGGUUCAGGUUGA